AAAAAAUUGGAGUUGCCACUUGGCAGUCAGCGCCAUGUACAGUACAAUUGUGAUGAUACGAGAAGAUGUUGAAUAUUUCAACGAAAUGUAACCAUUGUUGCAACGUCGGAACUACUUACUACUCUUGAAUGUUUUCUCCAGCCAUUAUUGCCUAACAUAUUAUCUCCACACAAAGAAAAAAAUCGUAAUUCACUGUACUCUAUGUGAAAAGUGACAAUUAAUAGGCGAUGAAAUCAAAGUAAAAGCUAACAGAGAACAUUGUCAUCUUGUAAACUUGUGGGGUUGUAGACGUCGUCAACAUGCAUUCUAACCUCUUUAACGCAAUUGUGUUAUCGCAUUACGACACACGAGCCCCGACCAUUAACGUAAUCAUACUUUUUGUUUGCUCUUAAAUGUACAAUUUAAGCUUGCAUUGUUUUCCCUUUGAUUUUACUUGUACAUUAUUUUCAAUCCAACACGCACGGGUGGUUCCCACAUUUAAAUGAUUGCAACAACAUUAUGCAAAUUUUCCAAAAAAAACAAAAUAUAAACUGAACCAAAAUCUGAAAAUUUAUAGUUAAUUCAAAAAGAUAUAUAUAUGACUGAAUUAUCUUUUUAAAUUUAGUUUUCUUCUUUAACCAACUUUCAACACUAGGUUUUAAAACAGAUUAAGAAGAAAAGGAACAGAGUUUUUGUGAUAUAUAUGUUGUACCAGAAGAAAAGUUGAAUUAAGUAACAAGAAUAUAAAGCAUUUCGCAGUAUAUUAUUCUCAAAUUAUUUAUUACUUUUCUUUGAAUAUAAAUGACCAAAUAUGACAUAUAAUUGGGUCAGCAAAUAUCGUCUUGUAUAACAGUAAAUAUAUAUAUACAUACAUAUAUAUAUACCAACAAAAAAAAAAAAAAAAGAGUAAAUAAAGUAAUAAUAAAACGGCUAAAAAUGCAAAUCCGUUUUCUCCUCUUUUCUCUAUAAAGUCUCAUUCAUAUCCCAUAUGAGACGCUGAAGAAAACUUCAAAACAUAUAUUUUCCAAAAAAAAAGUCUCGAAAAGAAGUUUCUCAGAAACAGUGAGAAGAAGAAAAAAAACCUAUAACUCUCCCCAGAAAAAAAAAAAGGCAAAAAGAGAGAAGCAUCAGAUCUAGAAAAAUGUGUCUGGUGUGUUUAUGUGAUGAUGAAGAGACAGAGUUAGGGAGACAACAAGCACCUGGAUCGUGUCCGUAUUGUGGAGGUAAAGUGCAAAUGCUUGAUGUCGAAAGAAAAUGGAUGUUUUGUUUCGUUCCUCUCUGUUUCAAGAUUAAGAGGAAGUACUUGUGUUCUUCUUGCGAUCGUCGUCUCGUUUUGUAUCAUUAAAAUAAUAAUAUUGAUAUAAUUAAAGUAGAUUAUUAGCGUAUUAAUCAAGGGAAAUAAUUUUAGUCGGGGGCGUUUGGUACGUUUUAGUAUUAUCUGUGUCGUGUAAAACCGACAUUGAUCUUUACAAGUUAGAAGUCUCUCGAUAUGAUGUUCAAAUAUGAUGUACUUUCUCUUUUGUCUGCAGUGCCUUCUUAAGUCGGUCCAAAAAUUAAUAUUAUAUGUAAUGGUUCUUUUAAAUGUAAUGAUGAAUUUCUAGUUUGGUAUACUUAA